GGGUGCUCGUUCCUUCCUGUUUGGGAAGAGAGCUGUUAAAAGUUCCGUCGGCUGUGUGUUUUUUUUUUCCUCCAGUUGAUGUAUUUGUGCCUGUGCAUGUACAGUGCUUACCUUUCGUGUCUGUUAAUUUUAGCUUAGUUAUGCCUUCUGAAGACGAUUUGGAUUGUGCUUAUGAUUCGACCUGGGAGUCAUUGAGCGAGGAUGAGGACGAUUCAUCUGACCGUGGAGACCAGUGUGGCGCUACGGGUAGAGCCCAGAAAUAUUUUUGGAACUACAAAUGCUCUAGCUUCGGGUUCCAGUCUACACGAAAUCUGCGUGCUGCUAAAGAUAUGCAGAUUUAUCGGCACGGCUAUCCAAAUUUGCGAGAAAACGAAGAGAAUACAAAUAAAGAAAUGUGUAAUUUGUUGUUUUACCAAAAUACAUUUCCUUCUGAGCCUGACGGGGUAACAAUAGAGGAGUUUCACUCUGAUUGGAAGACAAACUAUAGAAAACUGGAAAGAAUUCACUCCUACAUUCAGUGGUUAUUUCCUUUGCGGGAGCCAGGAAUGAACUACAGGGCCUAUGAACUCACCAAGAAGGAAAUUAAGGCAUUUCAGCAAUGUGAGGAAGCAAAACAGAGGCUAGUCGAGUCGUACAAACUCAUGCUGGGGUUCUAUGGUAUAGAGCUGGUGGAUGAGGGGACUGGAGAAGUGAGACGAGCAAACAACUGGGAAGACAGAUUCAGCAACCUGAACCGAAACACGCACAAUAACCUCCGCAUAUCACGCAUCCUCAAGUGCCUGGGAGAGCUUGGGUUUGAACACUACCAGGCCCCACUCGUGAAGUUUUUCCUGACUGAAACCCUGGUGAACAAGGAACUGAGCAGCGUCAAGCGCAGUGCUCUGGACUACUUCCUGUUCUCAAUCAGAGACAAAAAGAAACGCAGAGAACUGAUUGAAUAUGCCUACCAUCACUACGAAUCCAAGGAACCGUUCGUAUGGUGUCCACGGAAAAUUCAGAAGCGAUUCAAAAGACGAAACACGCCAGGGGAGAACAGUAAGGAGAAAGGCGGCGGUGGCAGUCUUUCCACAUGCAAAGUUAGUCAGUGUGAGGCAGCUCAGCCUGUGCUAGAAAAGGGAGAAGAAAAGCAGAAAGAUGAAGAGCCAGAGAAAGAGAGGAAAGGCGAAACCACACAAGACCUGGCAGAGAGUGUAGACGCAGAAAGGAAAGACAAAGGCAGUUCUCUUGAAGAGGGAUCAUCGGUUGAUAACGAGCUUGAUAACCCACAAAGAUGCCAAGAUAAUAAUGUACAGACAGCCGAGGGUACUAGUGAUGCUUCCCUGAAUGGGGACGACAACACCAAGGAAUCCAAAGAUGAAGGACUCGAAGAGGACUGCAGAAGAAACUAUUUAAAGCCAAAAGAAGAUUUGGAGAUGGUGUUAUCAGAGGCAGGUAAUAAUGGGGAGACAUUUACAGAUGAUACUGGCUUAAAAAAUAGCGAGCCAGUUGAUCAGGCAGAUAUAACUGAUAACCAGGGAACUGGAACAGGAAGUUCUGAGAUGCUUGAAAUGGCAGCAGCCAAAGACAAUGAGAGUGGUGUGCAAACAGAUGCUUGUGUAAGUGAAGGAACCGAUGAAGAUCCAGAUUGUGAGCAAAAUAGCUCUGAGACUGUGGAGAGCAACCCAGCUGUAAUCCAUGGUGGCUCCUGUAAUAAUCUCUACGAAAGCACCGGAAGUGUGUCGCAGGCUCAGCUGAGUGAGGAUCAAACAGCAAGAAUGAGUGAAUUACCAAAUCAGACUGCCAACCCUGGCAACAAGGACACGGUUGAACAAGAAGAGCUGGCUGAAGACACAAAUGCAGAAGUCCAGGGCUCACACACGCACACAGGACAGAGCAUUGGGUGCAUAAGUCAAGAUGUUGAGAUGAGUGAUGGUGACGAGGGUGCUACCAAUGCAAAAGUUGAAAGUCCAAGCCCAGUGGAAUCUGAAACCAUCAAAACAAACAAUGAAGGAGCUGCUCAAGACUCCGACAUGGAAUAUGAAAUUUUUUAAACUGGAUUACCAAAUUGAUGUUAAAUGAACGUAAAGUGUCGUGUGGCACAGUUUGAUUGACUACGUCUUCUGUUUGAACCCAUUAGAAAUCAACUGCUUUUCUAACUUUAGUCAAAGUACAUUAGUUUGAUAUUAAAAAAACAAACAAAAAAAAAACAAUCUAAAUUAGUUGCACUCUAUUAUAUGUAUAUUCUGUUAGUUUAAACAUUGUAUAUGCUUUUGAACAAUGUGUUUGUGGCUCUUAGGAUUCAAACUGAGAGCAGUGUGAAUUUCAGAACUCAAAUCCUGGAGCUGCCUUUCUGUGGUGGUUUUGUGAACAAUAUAUUUGAAAUAUUUAACCAUCCCAUUCAAUAACUUCUGCCACCCUGCUGUUUAUUGUUCAAGAUAAGUAGUUUGGUUUUAAUGUUAUGGGUGUCAGCGUAAAGGGUUUUAAAUGAAUUAUAAAAUAAGAAAACAAUUUAAGGGGUGCUUUGUUAGCAAAAAUUAAGAAUACCUCCAUUACAAUAUUUUUCCAGUUAAAAUUGAAAAAGGUUAACUCAAACAAAAAAUAAUACAUUGUUCGUGUUUUUAAAACUUUUUUAAAUUAUUUGUAUGAAAUUCUUAUUUUGAUCAUUUGAUGGAUAAAAAAAUAAUGAAUAUUGUUUACAUUUUUUGAAUAAAAAAAACCUGCUGACUUUUUAAGAUAAUGUCUGACACGUGUGUUGACUGAUUCCCAGUGCCACAGUCCUUAUUCUUGGUCGUAAUUGGUGUUGCUUCCCUCAAUCUGUUACAACAUUGCUGCUGAUGUCAUCUGAUUUAGCAGGAUACUAGUUGCUAUCAUUGGGAACUAUUACGAUAUGGCUUUCUGGGGAAAUUUGUUUUUUCAUCAACUCCUUUUGUGACAAAAGGGGAAAGCAAGCAAUGCAAAAUCUACAAGGUACAUUGGCAUCUGAUUAUUAUUAUUUUUUUUAUGUAUGACAAAACGAGCAUUACUACCAAUCAAACAACACAUCAGUUAAUGCGAGCAGAAUCAUAUUUAUUUAUUUAUUUAGAGAGAAAGAGAAACCAAAUAAUUCAUCCUGACAAUUUUAACAUUCCAAAAUGCAAUAUUUAAAAAGAAACUGCUGCUCCCCCACUACCACAUUUCUUGAUUAAAAUUGAGUCUGACGGGACGCGACCAGCACUCAUCGGAUCAAUAUUUGAAGAGCAGUCGUAGUGUUCAUCUGCAAUCAAUGGUUACUCUUUGUUGAUUCAUGGCUUCUGUAACAAUGAUCCAUACAACUGCAGUCUGGUAUUCAAAUUGCCCACCGCUGAGACAGAUUCUGAUGUUUUUUGGCACAUUUCCAUGUCGGGAGGUUGAAGAUUCCUUAAAAAAAUAAAAGUUGUGCAUUUGCGUAGAUCGUAGACAAGAUUGACUA